GACUUCUUUAGCUUCCGCGUCGAGGUCUUGGCGUCGACCGGUCAGCAUGCGUAGGUGCAUCGUCAUGCGCUCCCCAGCCAUCGACUACACCUUCUGCAUGCGACAGAUGCCGUCGCGCACACUUGCCCGACUACCAUAACGACUGUGUAGACAUCGCGCACGGUGCCCGCCAUCGUCAGGCGCUGUUAGGGCGUUACAGCUUAUCAAUCAACCAAGCCAUCCAUCAAUACAAGUCGUCGGCUGACCACGCUCCCCACGGACUUCUGCAGCCUUUCGUUCCUGUACAUGUCUUUUACCCUUGCGCCAAGAUAGUCGCCAUUGCUAUAGAUACCCCGUCCGCUUGCGUCUGGUUACACUAAAAAGCACCACCAAGACCGUGCUUUGUUUCACAUCUCAGGAAACACGCUCACUCCUGAGCCAGAGGGCGUCUUCGCAUCCCUACACCAUGUCGCUCACCGACUCGGAACUGGAGCUGGUCAGCUCGCAGCUGCAGCGGGAGAACGACGAUAUCCCCGAGGAGCCCGACAUGAUCCUCUCAUCAGACGCCGAGAACGGCCAGUCGUUUGCUCCACCACCACGGAUCGCUGCCCGCUUCUAUCGCCAUACAAGCAACCGUCGCAAGUCUUCGGCCACCUCGUCCCGCCGAAACUCGCUGUCCUCGACACAUUCGCACACGUCCAAUCGCUCGUUCCGCAACAGCUGUCAGAGCCACCAUGUAGCCCAGCAUCUCCGCCGUGCCUCUAUACUCGAAGAUCGCAAGGCAAGGCUAGCAGACCGGGCAGCGCAUGCCGAGCAGGUCAGGCUACGUGCUGCCUUGGCCAAGGCUACCCCACGUGGUUCCAACAGUGAAGAGAGGGCGUUGGCAGCACAGCAGGCUCGUGAGAAACAUCUGGCACAAGUAGCCGCUUCCUGUGCUGAGGAAGUGAGGAGGGCCAAGAAGAUUGCCGAAGACAUGAAAGAGCGCAAGGCCGCCGAGGAACGACGAUACCGCACCGAGAUGGAGGAGAAGCUAGCAGAAGCCGAGAAACGCAGACUGGAGUACAAGCGCAACCCCAGACGACCACGGACCGCAAGCUCGCCCCCCGCUGAUAUCAAGAUACGGACCGAGCGCCCCAUCGUGUCGACGGAAGAUGCUGCCAAGAGGAUCCAGGCUGCCUGGAGAGGCAAAGUUAGGAGCAAUAUUGUCACCGAAUGGCUCCAGCUCGGUCUAUCCAUCGAGAUGGUCCAAGAGACCAGUUUCGAAGUCAUUACUGGCAUGCUCGCAGAUGAGAAGCUGCUCAGGACCACCGAUAGAAUCAUGACACUGUUUGUGCUGCUUCCAGACGCAGAUCCAGCCUCCCGCAGCGCUGCCGUCAGAACCUUCCUCUCCGCGUACCUCAUCCUUGGACAUCCCACACAUGUUUUCAGUCGAGACGGCGAUCAGGAACAGGAUCUCAUUACCAAAGCCAAGGACCUCGUCAUCAGCUUCGAGUCUGCUCUGGCAAAACUAACAAAGCUCAACUCGUACACUCCCUCACCCACGCGUACAGAAACUGUACUGCUUGCUCAUGGCGCGUUUGUUACCGCUUUCAAUGACUGGAAAGCCCGCGACUCCUCCGCGCUUAUCGAAACAAUGGUAGCUUCAUUUGUCAGUCUUGACGAAAUAUGGCAAAGUGUCAAAGAUGCGACGGUCGAUGAGGUUGCAAACGAGUACAGGAAUGGCAUCAGAGACAACCAGGCUAUUCUACUUAGUAAAAUCAAGAAGUUGGCGGGGCCUGACAAGGCUCUUACCUUGAUCAGGAAGGCCAUACGCGAAAGCCGAAGGUCAAGGCCAAAGAAGAGGCUCGCAGGAGACACUGUACGACCGCGUGUUGCAAGCGACUCAACACCAGAAUCUCCGCUAUCAGCCGAUAGUGCGGCCAAGCAGGCUGAAGCUGCUUCAGAGCUUGCAGCUUCUGGUCAAUCUGGGCUCCAAGAUUCCACUGCUCAGGGCCACCAGGCACAGUCGCUGUCCAAGGUCUUCACGGUCGUGCCCGAUAAUCGCAUUCUGGUUCACGAACUCUCUAUUGACAAAGACUACCGCAUCGAUCCUUCGCCGACGGCUGACUUGCGCGAUGCUCUCAACCGUGAGCUCUGCGACGCAAUGCGGCGAGGGUUUGAAGAGGGUGACAGCACAAACUGGACUGCUGCCAUGGCGGAGAACAUACGGGGAAAGCUGCUGCGGCUUCUGAAACCUGGCAACUCAAUGCACACACUCAUUUCCGAGACUCUAGAUCCGGAGCAUAUCAGCAGGCAGUGCAGUCAAGGCGUCUUCUCUUAUGGGAAAUUCUUCGAUUUUAUUGCUAGCAUUCUUCCAAAGCUUUGCGCACCCUUUCGAGACACCGAAGUUCAGUUGCUUGCUGAGGAGCUGCAAGAGGAAGGUGAACUUUCAAGCAUGAUCGAGAAGCUCUUCAAGGUCCUUCAUAUCAUCGAUCUUUUGUCCUUGGACUACUCAAACUUCCUAUUGAUGAACGCCGCACCGACACUCGUCAAAGAGGCUGUUGGGUACGAGCAACGCAUGUUCACUCAGGAUCUGGAGGAAAACAACCUUACUCUCGACCGCACACGCAGAUGGUGGCGCAGCGCAGCAGUCAACAUGCAUACCGAAGCUGACCGUCGUGACCCUUGGAGUCAGGCAAACCCCAUCAAUCGCCCUACAGCGCACAAGAUUUACGCUCGUGGUCUUGUCGACCUCGCAAUCGCUACGCCGCCACUGCGAAGCUCUGAGCUGCCGGAGACGCUCGAACUAGAUCGUGCACGCAUCUCCCGCAUUCGCGAGGACGCACUUCGCAUAACAACGAUCGGGGGUAUCUUGCUUACGGCAAAGAACCUACUCAAACGCGACGUGCGCGCGCAGUGGAAGUCUGAAGCCAACAAAAUGUGGUUGGUGUUGAAGGAGAACGGAUACAUGUCAGACCCUUCUACUCCCUCGAAGAUUUCUUCUCUUCUUGAGUCGUCUCGCAACAUGCCACCGUCAACGCGCUCCCAGCUCUCCUCCACGAUCACGCGUCUUCUUACGCAAGCUGAAGCUGGCAAGCUAUCCGACCCUGUGAUGAAGGUCUUGUUCCAAAGACUCAAGACUCAUAUCUUCAACCGGGUAAGCGCCAGCAGUUCUGGCGAGCGCGUCAAAGCUGCUAGCACCGCCACCGAAGGACUUGCUACUACUGGUCUGCCAGAGUUCGUGUCUCAAGUCGCGGAUAUCUGUGAACAGCUUGGCAAAGUUGGUGAAGUGGACCGCAAAUGCCAUGGCAAGUGGUAUGAGGAAAUUGCCGAGGAGAUGGAGAGGCUAGGCCUUGAAGGAGGCGAAGAAUUGACCAGGAGCUCGAGUGCUGAUAGCGAGGCUGUCGUCUCGACGAGUUCUGAUUCUUCUGUGUAAGAUAGACGGGUAAUAGCAGGGAAGCUGUAAUGCUGAUGCAUGGGGACGAUCACUGGCGUUUUCGUUUCCUUUUAUUCUUCUUGGCUCGGACACGCAGCCUGUUCGUUUCUUAGUAUUAUAUUGACAUACUGUCGUUUACUGCAUGGCGCUGUGGUGUUCAUUGCUUCAGGUCGGGGAUGGGGUUAUGGGUUAUGAGCAUACACGAAUCACUCUUGGUUCAUCGUUCUUCGAGUUACAACGUACACUAUUUCAGGCGGUUUGAUUGCUCAAAUCAAUGCAUAUGACUUUUUUUACACUUCAAUCACCUCUACUCAUCCGUCUGCGUACAAACCACUUUGUGAUUGUAAUAGUGUCUCAGUCGACGUUAAAAGCGGUCAUUAUCAAGCGACAGACGGCUUAAGCCGCAAGACAUUGCCACGGACUGAAUGGGUCAUAUCAGCAAGGAAAUUUGUUCAGCUUGA